UCGACCGGAGUUUCCAUGGAGACCGAGGCCUGGCCCGCUAGACCUCCCGACGUUGCCAUGGAGACAACUCCGGGGCUGGGGCUCCGCAGUCCCGAAGCACCGCUGGCUCACUACCCAGCCCAGCCGCUGUGCGAGGCCCGAGCCGCGGUGGCUGUGGCAAGCUGGGACCUUCGCAAACACUCUUUGCUCAUCGUGAUCGGCGAUAUCGGCACAGAGAGUCAGCUGAGGGCCGUGCGGGCCCACCUUGAACAAGGGAUUCUCUCCUGGAACAUUGACUUAUCAUCCUUUGACUUGAACCAAGAGUUGAGACUCUUCAUUACCCGGCACCUAGCUCACUUCUCCUCAGAGGUCAAAGGCCAGAGGACCCUCUGCCAUCAGAGUGAGAUCCUAGAGACCAUCAUCCUGGUAAACCCCAGUACAGACAGCAUCAGCUCUGAGGUUUACCAUCUCCUUAGCAGCCCAUCAGCUCACAAACUACUGAUCUUGAGUGGACAAAGUUUAGAGCCUGGGGGAGACCUCAUUCUACAGAGUGGCACCUACUCCUACCAAAACUUUGCCCAGGUUCUUCACAAUCCAGAGAUUACCCAAUUGCUCAGCAAUAGAGACCCUGGGAUCCAGGCCUUCCUCACCGUGUCCUGCUUAGGGGAAGGUGAUUGGAGCCACCUGGGACUAUCCAGUUCCCAAGAGACCCUGCAUCUCCAGCUAAACCCCGAGCCCACACUGCCAAUCAUGGAUGGUGUGGCUGAGUUUUCUGAGUAUGUCUCUGAGACUGUGGAUGUACCAUCCCCCUUUGAUCUGCUAGAGCCCCCCACCUCAGGGGGCUUCCUCAAGCUCUCCAAGCCUUGCUGCUACAUCUUCCCAGGUGGUCGUGGGGACUCUGCUCUCUUUGCUGUCAAUGGUUUCAACAUCCUGGUGGAUGGUGGCUCUGAUCGCAAGUCCUGUUUCUGGAAGCUGGUGCGGCAUCUGGACCGUAUUGACUCAGUGCUACUCACACACAUUGGGGCAGACAACCUGCCAGGCAUCAAUGGACUCCUGCAGCGCAAAGUGGCAGAGCUAGAGGAGGAGCAGUCCCAGGGGUCUAGCAGCUAUAGUGACUGGGUGAAGAACCUCAUCUCCCCUGAGCUUGGAGUUGUCUUCUUCAACGUGCCUGAUAAGCUGCGGCUGCCUGAUGCCUCCAGAAAGGCCAAGCGCAGCAUUGAGGAGGCCUGCCUCACUCUGCAACACCUAAACCGCCUGGGCAUCCAGGCUGAGCCUCUGUACCGUGUGGUCAGCAACACCAUUGAGCCGCUGACCCUCUUCCACAAAAUGGGUGUGGGCCGGCUGGACAUGUAUGUCCUCAACCCUGUCAAGGACAGCAAGGAGAUGCAGUUCCUCAUGCAAAAGUGGGCAGGCAAUAGUAAAGCCAAGACAGGCAUCGUGCUGGCCAGUGGGAAAGAAGCUGAGAUCUCAGUGCCCUACCUGACCUCUAUCACUGCUCUGGUGGUCUGGCUACCAGCCAACCCCACUGAGAAGAUUGUGCGUGUGCUUUUUCCAGGAAAUGCUCCCCAGAACAAGAUCUUGGAGGGCCUGGAAAAGCUUCGGCACCUGGACUUCCUCCGUUACCCUGUGGCUACACAAAAGGACCUGGCCGCUGGAGCUGUGCCUGCCAACCUCAAACCCAGCAAAAUUAAACAGCGGGCAGACAGCAAGGAGAGCCUCAAAGCCACUACCAAGACGUCUGUGAGCAAGCUGGCUAAACGGGAGGAGGUGGCAGAAGAGGGAGCCAAGGAGGCCCGCUCAGAGCUGGCCAAGGAGUUAGCCAAGACAGAGAAGAAGUCAAAAGAGCCAUCUGAGAAGCCCUCAGAGAAGCCUACCAAGCCUGAGAAGGUGAGGACAGAGUCAAGUGAGGCACUGAAGGCAGAGAAGCGAAAGCUGAUCAAGGACAAGGUGGGGAAGAAGCACCUUAAAGAAAAGAUAUCAAAGCUGGAAGAAAAAAAAGACAAGGAGAAAAAAGAAAUCAAGAAGGAGAGGAAGGAGCUCAAGAAAGAUGAAGGAAGGAAGGAGGAAAAGAAAGACACCAAGAAGGAGGAGAAGAGGAAAGACAACAAAUCUGAGGUGAAGAAGAUUUCCAAACCAGACCUGAAGCCCUUUACUCCUGAGGUACGUAAGACCCUCUACAAAGUCAAGGCUCCUGGAAGAGUCAAGAUGGACAAGACCCGAGCUGCCCGUGGGGAGAAGGAGCUGUCUUCUGAGCCACGAACACCCCCAGCCCAGAAGGGGACUGUGCCACUCCCAACCGUCGCUGGGCACAGGGAGCUGGCCCUGUCCUCACCAGAGGACCUCACACAGGACUUUGAGGAAAUGAAGCGUGAGGAGAGGGGUUUGCUAGCUGAACAAAGGGACAUGGGAUUAGGAGAGAAACUACUCCCUCUAGACACUGCAGAGGAGGGACCCCCAAGCACAGCUAUCCAGGGAAUACUACCCUCUGUCCCAGGGCUGAAACAAGAAGAGCAUAGGAUGAAGGAGAAAGAGGUUGUCCCAGACAUCCCUGAGGAACAAGGCAGCAAAGACAAAGGCCCAGACUCUGGGGCUGAAACAGAGGAAGAGAAAGAUACCUGGGAUGAAAAGAAGCAGAGAGAAGCAGAGAAGCUCCCAGAUAGAACAGAAGCCAGAGAAGAAAGUGAACCUGAGGCAAAGGAGGAUGUGAUAGAAAAGGCUGAGUUAGAAGAAAUGGAGGAGGUGCACCCUUCAGAUGAGGAGGAAGAGGAAGAGACAAAGGCUGAGGGUUUUUACCAAAAACAUAUUCAGGAAGCCCUGAAGGUAACUCCCAGGGGCAGGGAGGCUCUUGGGGGCCGGGAACUGGGACUCCAAGGCAAGGCCCCUGAGAGGGAGACCUCAUCAUUCCUAAGCAGCUUGGCCACACCUGCAGGAGCCACUGAGCAUGUCUCUUAUAUCCAGGACGAGACAAUCCCUGGCUACUCAGAGACCGAGCAGACCAUCUCAGAUGAGGAGAUCCAUGAUGAGCCAGAGGAGCGCUCAGCUCCACCCAGAUUCCCUACAAGUACGUAUGACCUCCCUGGGACUGAAGGUCCUGGCUCCUUUGAAACUAGCCAGCCUACAGAUAGUGCUGUUCCUGCCACCUCCAGCAAAGGCUAUGGAGCACCAGAGACUGAGAUUACCUACCCCCCCAACAUGGUGGCUGCCCCUUUGGCUGAAGAGGAACAUGUGUCCUCAGCCACCUCAAUCACUGAGUGUGACAAACUUUCUUCCUUUGCCACAUCAGUGGCUGAGGACCAGUCCGUGGCCUCACUCACAGCUCCCCAGACAGAGGAGACAGGCAAGAGCUCCUUGCUGCUUGACACAAUCACAAGCAUCCCUUCUUCUCGCACCGAAGCCACUCAGGGCUUGGACUACGUGCCAUCAGCUGGUACUAUCUCACCCACCUCCUCAUUGGAAGAAGACAAGGGCUUCAAAUCACCACCCUGUGAGGACUUCUCUGUGACUGGGGAAUCAGAGAAGAGAGGAGAGAUAUUAGGGAGAGGAUUGCCUGGAGAGAAAGCCGCACAAGAGGAAGAGGAGGAGAUGGCAAAGGUAGAGAUGUCUGAGAAACUUCGCAGUCAAUAUGGAUCUCCGAUGUUUGGUGCCCCUGGACAUGCCCCACAUCCAGGGGAACCAGCCCUUGGAGAAGUGGAGGAGAGGUGCCUCAGUCCAGAUGACAGCACAGUGAAGAUGGCCUCUCCUCCAGCAUCUGGCCCACCUAGUGCUACCCACACACCCUUUCAUCAGUCCCCAGUGGAAGAAAAGUCUGAGCCUGAAGACUUUCGGGAAGCAGGCUCCUGGGGAGACACUAAGCGCAUACCAGGUGUGGGCAAAGAAGAUGCUGCAGAGGAGACAGUCAAGCCAGGGCUUGAAGAGGGCAUACUAGAGAAGGAGGGGGAGGUACCUCAUCUCAGGAGCCCCCAGGCCCAGGAGGCACCCAUCAGCAUGGUUGGGGGAUAUUCAGGCUGCACCAUUCAUCUGUUUCCAGAACAGGACAAAGCGAGGGUCUUUGAGACUAUGGAGGCAGGAAAGUCCGCAGGUCCUAUUCUGGGAGCAGAAGCCCCUCCCAGAGAUUUGAGAACAUCACUCCAAGAACCUGGUGAACCUCAGAAAGAUGAGGUGCUCCAAUUUCCUGAACGAAGCCUCUCUCCUGAAGAUGCAGAGUCCCUCUCUGUCCUCAGCGUGGUCUCCGCAGAUACUGCCAACCAAGUGCUCACCCCCAUGUCUCCCUGUGGUCUGACAGAGCAGCACCUACACAAAAACCUUUGGCCAGAGGUAUCUCCAGAAGGCACCCAGUCACUUUCUCUCUCAGAAGAGAGUCCCAGCAAGGAGACCUCGUUGGAUGUCUCUUCUAAGCAGCUCUCUCCAGAAAGCCUUGUCACCCUCCAGUUUGGGGAACUAAGCCUUGGAAAGGAAGUAAAAGGGCCUCUGAUGCAAGCUGAAGACACCUCUCACCACCUAGCUCCCAUGUCUGUUCCAGAACCCCAUGCAGCCACAGUGUCACCUCCCACAGAUGAGAUAACUGGAUACUCUGCACAGGCAGACAUCUCAGAUGAGAGCCCUGACAGAAAAUUACCUGCCAGUUCCUUCUCUCACUCUACACUGGCAGGAGAUGAGAAGCACUCACCUGGGGUAAUCACAAGCCCUGGUGAACACAUUCUGACACCUGAUAGUUCCCUCACCAAGAGUUCUGAGUCUUUGCCAAGCCCAGCCAUGGAGGAUAUUGCCAUGGACUGGGAAGGUAAAGUUCCAGGGUUGAAAGACAGAACCCCAGACCAGAAGUACAAAGAACCCGAGCCAAAGGACGAAGUUCUUCUGCAGAAGGACAAAACUCUGGAUCAGAAGGAUAUUGUUAUACAGCAGAAGGAUAUAGCUAUCCAUCAGAAAGAUGAGGCUCUGAAAGAAAAGAACAAGGCAAUGGAACAGCAGGGUAAGGCUUUAGAACAAAAAGGCAGAGACUUAGAUCAAAAUGAUGCAGCCCUAGAACAGAAAGACAAGGCCCUGGAACAGAAGGACAAGAUCCUAGAAGAGAAAGACAAAGCCUUAAAACAAGAGGACACAGCCCUGGGACAGAAAGACAAGGCCCUGGAACCAAAAGACAAACACUUAGAACAAAAAGACAAGGCCCUGGAACAGAAGGACAAGAUUCCAGAAGAGAAAGGCAAAGACUUAGAACAAAAGGAGAAGGCCCUGGUACAGAAGGACAAGAUCCUGGAAGAGAAAGACAAAGCUUUAGAACAAAAAGUCCAAGACUUCGAACAUAAAGAUAAGGAUCCAGAGAACAAGGUCCCUGAACUGAAGGGCAAGUCUCCAGAACAGACAGACAAAGCACCCGAACAAAAAAACAAGGCCCAGGAACAGAAGGAUAAGGCCUUAGAAAAGAACGAUCAGGCCUUAGAACAAAAAUACUUGUCCCUAGGACAAAAGGAUGAUGAAGCCCUAGAACAAAACAAUGAGGUGGCUGAACAGAACAAAACUCAGGAGCAGGAGCACCUAGUGCAGGAGGAUAAAACUAUGAAAUCAAAGGAGAUGAUCCUAGUCGAAAAAUCCCCAGAAAAGGUCAAGGCUGUGGAACAGAAGGAAGAAGCUCUUCUGGAGAAGACCAAAGCUCUGGAGCUAGAAGAGAGCACAGUGCAGGAGGGCAAGGCUCAAGAGCAGGAAGAAAAAUACUGGAAGGAGCAACAUAUAGUCCAGGAGUGGCAAGAAACAUCUCCAACCAGAGGGGAACCAGUUGGAGAACAGAAAAGGCCUGCCCCAGCGUGGGAGGAUACAUCUCCUGAGCAGGAGGACAGGUAUUGGAGGGGCAGAGAAGACAUGGCCCUGGAACAGGACACAUACUGGAGGGAGCUGAGCUGUGAGCGGAAGGUCUGGUUCCCUCAUAAAUUGGAAGGCCAGCGGGCCCGCCCACGGUACACUGAGGAACGGGAGAGCACUUUCCUCGAUGAGGGACCAGUUGAUGAACAAGAAGUGCCCCUCCUGGAGCACACACCUCGGAGCCCCUGGGCCUCAGACUUCAAGGAUUUCCAGGAUCCCUUACCACAGAAGGAGUUGGAAGUGGAGCGCUGGCUCGCUGAGUCACCAGUUGGGCUGCCACCAGAGGAAGAGGACAAGCUUACCCGCUCUCCCUUUGAGAUAAUCUCCCCUCUGGCCUCCCCAUCUGAGAUGGUUGGACAGAGGGUUCCUCCAGCCCCAGGACAAGAGAGCCCUAUCUCAGAGCCUAAGCCUAUGCCAACCAUGAGAAACGAACCCAGCACCCCCUCAUGGCUGGCUGACAUCCCCCCAUGGGUACCCAAGGACAGACCCUUGCCCCCUGCACCCCUCUCCCCAGCUCCAGCUCCCCCCACGCCUGCCCCAGAGCACCACACUCCUGCGCCCUUCUCCUGGGGCACAGCUGAGUAUGACAGUGUGGUAGCUGCAGUGCAGGAGGGGGCAGCUGAGUUAGAAGGUGGGCCGUACUCCCCCCUGGGGAAGGACUACCGCAAGGCUGAAGGGGAAAGGGAAGAAGACAGUCGAGCUGGGGCUCCUGACAGCAGCCCCCACAGCCCAAAGGUCCUAGAGACCAAUGAGAGCUGUGCCACUAGGGAGACAGAGCAAACUGAGCCAGAGCAGAGAGAGCCCACACCCUAUCCUGAUGAAAGAAGCUUUCGGUAUGCAGACAUCUAUGAGCAGAUGAUGCUUACUGGGCUUGGCCCUGCAUGCCCCACUAGGGAGCCUCCACUUGGAGCAGCUGGGGAUUGGCCCCCAUGCCUCUCAACCAAGGAAGAGGCUGCCGGCCGAAACACAUCUGCAGAGAAGGAGCUUUCAUCUCCUGUCUCGCCCAAGAGCCUCCAAUCUGACACUCCAACUUUCAGCUAUGCAGCCCUGGCAGGACCUACUGUACCCCCCAGGAAGGAACCUGAGCCGGGGUUGAGUGUAGAGCCCAGCCUCACCCCACCUGCAGUGCCCCCCCGUGCUCCUAUCUCCCUGAGCAAAGGCUCAAGCCGUCCUCUUAAUGGUAACAUCCUGAGCUACAGCCCAGAUAGGAGGACCCCAUCUCCUAAGGAAUCAGGCCAGUGUCACCGGGAAGACAGCACUAGUGACUCAGAGCUGGAGAAGGGGGCUCAGGAACAGCCAGAGAAAGAGGCCCAGUCCCCAAGUCCCCCACACCCCAUCCCUGCAGGGCCCCCCACAUUGUGGCCUGAAAUUUCCUCGGACUCACACCUGGGUCCUGCCAGACCCAGCUUGGACUUCCCUGCUUCAGCCUUUGGCUUCUCCUCAUUGCAGCCAGCUCCCCCACAGCUGCCUUCUCCAGCUGAACCCCGCUCGGCACCCUGUGGCUCCCUUGCCUUCUCUGGGGAUCGAGCUCUGGCUCUGGCUCUGGCUCCAGGACCACCAACCAGAGCCCGGCAUGAUGAGUACCUGGAAGUGGCAAAGGCCCCCAGCCUGGACUCCUCACUGCCCCAGCUCCCAUCACCUAGCUCUCCUGGGGCCCCUCUCCUCUCCAAUCUGCCACGACCUGCCUCACCAGUCCUGUCUGAAGGCUCCUCCUCUGAGGCUACCACACCUGUGAUUUCAAGUGUGGCUGAGCGCUUCCCUCCAAGCCUGGAGGCUGCAAAACAGGGGUCUGGAGAGCUGGACCCAGGAAUGGAACCAGCUAGCCACAGUAUAUGGGACCUCACUCCUCUGAGCCCAGCACCUCCAGCUUCACUGGACUUGGCCCUAGGUCCAGCUUCAUGCCUGCCUGGAGACAUGGAUGAUGGCACCCUGCCCUGCCGCCUGGAGUGCUCAGGAGUAGCCACAAAGAAGCCAAGUCCCUUCCAGGGUUCCUCUGGGGAUUGUUCAGCCAAUGGCCCAACUGAAACCAGCCCCUGCCACCCAGGCCCUGCCCCAGCCAAGGCUGAGAAAGAAGAGACAGAGGUCUGUCCUGCCUGGGAACGAGGGGCCUGGCCUGAGGGAGCUGAGAGGAGCUCCCGGCUCAACACACUGCUCUCCCCUGAGCAGCCACUGUGUCCUGGAGGGGGCUCAGGUGACCCACACAGCAGUGUCUCUUCUGAGAUUGAGGCUGGUCCCCAAGGAUGUGCUGCUGAGCCCCAGCCCCACCAUGCAGAGCUCUCCCCAUCCUUCCUGAAUCCAUCUCUGACCCCAUCCACAGAUGACAAUGACCUCUCAACUGAGGAAUCUCGGCUGGUGGGAAGAGGAGGGCGGCACCGGGCAGGGGGGCCAGUGGCCACAGGGGGCCCUUGCCCUGUGGCUGAUGAGACACCCCCCACAUCAGCCAGUGACUCAGGCUCCUCACAGUCAGAUUCUGAUGUCCCACCAGAAACUGAGGAGUGUCCAUCCAUCACAGCUGAGGCAGCCCUCGAUUCAGAUGAGGAUGGGGACUUCCUGCCUGUGGACAAAGCUGGGGGUGUCAGUGGAACUCAUCAUCCCAGGCCGGGCCACGACCCACCCCCUGUACCCCAGCCAGACCCCCACCCCUCCCCUCCCCGCCCUGAUGUGUGUAUGGCCGACCCUGAGGGGUUCAGCUCAGAGUCUGGGAGGCUAGAGAGGCUACGGGAGAAGGAGAAGGUGCAGGGGCGAGUAGGGCGCAGGGCCCCAGGCAGAGCCAAGCCGGCAUCCCCCGCACGGCGUCUGGAUCUUCGGGGAAAACGCUCACCCACCCCUGGUAAAGGGCCUACAGAUCGAGCAUCCCGGGCCCCACCCCGACCACGCAGCACUCCAAGUCAGGUCAUCCCAGCAGAGGAAAAGGAUGGACACAGCCCCAUGUCUAAAGGCCUGGUCAACGGACUCAAGGCAGGACCGGUGGCCUUGGGUUCCAAGGGCAGCUCUGGCCCCCCUGUAUAUGUGGAUCUCGCCUAUAUCCCGAAUCAUUGCAGUGGCAAGACUGCUGACCUUGACUUCUUCCGUCGAGUGCGUGCAUCCUACUAUGUGGUCAGUGGGAAUGACCCUGCCAAUGGCGAGCCAAGCCGGGCUGUGCUGGAUGCCCUGCUGGAGGGCAAGGCCCAAUGGGGGGAGAACCUUCAGGUGACUUUGAUCCCUACACAUGACACAGAGGUGACUCGUGAGUGGUACCAGCAGACACAUGAGCAACAGCAACAACUGAAUGUCCUGGUCCUGGCUAGCAGUAGCACCGUGGUCAUGCAGGAUGAAUCCUUUCCAGCCUGCAAGAUCGAGUUCUGAAAGAACCAUCUUUCCUUCCCCAAGGAUCCAUCCCCCCAGCUCCUUUAUAGAAUGGCUACUGCUAAGUCCUUUGGGGUUGAGGGAGAUGGGAGCUGGGGGUGGGGUGUGUCGGAAGCAGGUAUCUUAUUGUGGGGACCUGGGCUGGGCUAAAGGAUUGUCCCUCCCCCUCAUCCACUCCUUAGAGGGUCUCAAAACCAAAGGUAACAAGGAUAGGAUAGGGGGAAGGUGCAAAUUUGGAUAGGAGAUCAUCUGAUUGCUGAGAACUCUGGAGAGACACCCUCUCCUAGCUGCCAAAUGCUGGCAUUGGAAGAGGAGUGAGGAUGGGUCUCAGAGAGCAACCUCCUCCCUCAUAGAGGGAGAUCAUAUACCCAACCCCAGGGACCUCUUUAUCUCAAUCCAUUUGUUUAGCAUCCCUAGAAGGAUUUUCAGUACUAAUUUCUGUGACCUGGCAGCAGGAUAUUGUCAGUGAUGUGCCCAGAGCUGCGUCUUUUCUUUCAACUCCCAUCCCCUUACCCACCAGAGUCUGGGUUCUAGCGGGCGCUUGGGGGUACACCACUGCUACACUGUCUUACUGCUUCCCUCAGUAUCUGAAUGUCUCAAACCAAAACUUGAAGCUCUUUAGACCAACAGACUGGUGAGAGAAGAAAGGAGCUUGUCUCCCAGCCUCUGCUUCAUACCAUUCACAUCCCAGGGCUGUGUCCAGACCAGGCCUAUUGGACAGCACAAAAGGGCAAGGAGAUCCCAGCCCCAAUCCCAGAAUUCUUCCAACCUCCCUGACCCUUUGAGGUUUUCACCCACCCCAUUCCAAUUAUCCUGAUUCCUUCUCAUUCCCUGCUUGGCUUCCCUGCAUGUGAUCAUCUGCUGUGGCCUGGUGUGUAAUGGGUCACAAAUAAGCCACUGCUUGACAUCCCAACAUUUGACACCCCAGCAAUGUGUGACUCCCCCAACAUUCCACUAUGCCAUCCUGCAGCUGAAAUGGGAAAGCUGACUGCCUCUCCAAACCCAAACUCUUGGACAGAGGAUCUGAGAGGUAGAGGCCAGGCCAAAGGACUUAGGGAAAAUGAGAGGGAGGAAGGAAAGAGGGAGAGGAAGCUGAGCUAUAGCUUAAUUCCUACAGAGUGAAAUGGAAAUGGGCAGAAAAUACUACUCCAGGGGAGGACCUCACCCCAAGCAAGCCAGUGAGCAGCCCUGCUAGACUACUGCUGGACCGAGAAAGCCAGAUGCUGAUAAUCAUCUGGGCUUGUCUUCUCUGCCAAACAACUGGGAAACCAAAAUGAGCCACCUUGUGUUCCUAGCUCCCACCCUCCCCAUGCUGCUGUGCUCUGCUCCUCCCCAUACUUCCCUGCUAUAGUUCCUAGCUGCUGUAAUGAAGCUGCCUCCAACUCUAACAAUAAAUCAAGUUCAUCGCAGAUGGUGUAGUGCUGCUUAGGCUUUUUCUAACUCCACAUAUUGCUUAGUUGCUGGGCCCUGGCUUCCACCUCUUUGCUUCAACCAGCAUUGUCAUUUAUCUCAGAAGAUUUCAAUGCCUUUGAUUAUUGGAAUCAGUUCCAGGAACCAAAGAACAUAGUCAGGGUGGGCAAAAUAAAAAGACAUAGGAUGCAGCAUAAUUUCUAAAAAUGUGUGAAAAUGCCU